AUGGCAGAUGCGUCCACGCAGCACGGCAGAGAGUUUGAGCAUAUCAUGCUGGCCAACAUUAGGAAGGCCGACCUCGCACGUUUGUAUCGUGGCGUGCGCUCUCUCCUGGACCAUUGGAAUGCAGUGAACGAUGACGACAGCGCGGCUCUACAAGCCGAGGAGAGCAUCAUGGCAGAUCUGAACGACAGUAUUUCUGAACAUCAUUUGCCUCUGAUGGCGCUUGGGUCGGGACGCACAUCGUUGCAAGACAAAUUUAUGUCGGUUAUGUAUGCCAUGAUGCUAGAAGCGGGAUAUUCUGCAGAGGGUCUUCGGGCUUUUUCUCAGGAAGUCUGUUGCGGAACUUUCGAUUUGGGUGUUGAAUUUUCGCUGAACACGAUUAUGCCUGCACCUUUUCUUAGACUUUUUCCGUGGUAUGCUUCUUGCGAACAUGCAGAAGACAAGACAUUGCGCGGCGGGGAUGCUCUGGGUGAAGAUGGCUUCGAUGUGUUGCCUGAGGCAGAAGAAGAUGUAGAGAUUUCUUUGCAAGGCAUGCUGUCGAUACCGGGGCCAUUGCAUAUCUUGCAUAACGCUUCAAGUCUGUUGCUGAAACAGCUUCCAUACUUGGGCCAAGCUUUGCCUAAACUGGUGGCGCUUUCCAGGUUCCUGUCAAGCAAGACGUACAAGCAGCGACUUCUAGAGACAUGCUUCGCAACUCCAAUCAGCAGAAUGUUCGCCCCCGACUUCAACAGGUUUCAUGCAAAAGUCAAUGAAGGCAGGUGGGGUUCAGUGGCUUUCGCCAUACCAGAGAUUCUCCAGUUGCAAGUGCCACUUCGGCGCUAUUGGAAUCUGCGUGCCUUCAAUCACUUCUCAGACAAUGUGCAGCAGCAGCCGCAGAUCGGAGAGCAAGGGCCCACUGUGAAGCUUGAAGCCAUACAUGAAACGAUUGAAAGUGCCGAGUUCUGGGCGCAGCUGCAGACACUGGAGCGACUGUUUUCAGUAGUCCGGGAGUUGUUCGACUGGUUGGAAUCUUGUCCAUGCCAUUACAAGAGAAAACCUCCGCCAGACAGGCCGGCAGUCCAGAAGCGAUGGAUGUCUUGCCCUCUACGAGGUCGGCGGCUGCCAGAAAUUGCCUGUGGAGGUUUCUUCGAGGUUGUGAAUCGACUUUGUUUGGCAAAUGCUGCUCAACUGUAUGUUGAUUUGCCAGAGAGUCUGCCUCAAGAGUGUCGUGCCGCUUGUCUUUUGGACUUUGAGCAUGGUCGAGGACAUUUAACUUUUCAGCUGACAUUGAAGCUGUCAUGUUUUCUGCAACCACCACUUCUCCUACUUGGAUUAGGCCAUCAUGACCCCGAGAACCCAGACACCCCGAGAGAAGUUAUGCAACGCUGCUUGGAUUCCCAGUGCCGGCAUCCACAAAUUGUAGAGCUGUCCGAGGGGUCUUUGCGAGAGGAGGCAGACCUAUUCAUCCAAGGGGAGGACCUUUCAUUGCUUGAGAAUUUGGAGCUGUUUGUGGCAAGUUUUCGCUUUGCAUGGGGCACGGAGCGCAAGGUGGAGGGCGGGCAUGCACAAGUGCACAUGUAUGCAGCCGGAAGACGCAAUCGCACAGAAGCAACAGAUUCCUUGGCACUUCGACUGGCAGAAAUCAAAAAGGUUCUGACAUCGGAGGAUACGACUUCCUUCCUCGAAUGCAUUCAAAUUGCCAGGAACCCGCAGAAGCUGAUAGCUCGUCUUGGCUUGUCAAGACACCCAGCCUGUGCACUUGCGAAACAUGGAUGGGACCGCAUCUACCGAAAAGUUGUAUAUCAUGCAGAUCCUUAUUCUUUGUACAACCGUCACCAGCCAGUGCUUUAUGUCUCGAAGGAGCCAGUGCGUGCCCACGACCGGCAUGUUCCCUUGUUGGACCGCAGGGAGUCUGAAGCAGACUUCGCGCCUGAACUGCUUGAGAUACAACAUGUUCUGGCAUUGCGACAUUUGAAGAAGCAGCUGGAAACCCUGUGCAAAGAUGCUGAGCAGCGUGCGCUGUGUUCCUGCCAGAUUCCGGCAGUCGCUUUGAAACUGUUGCUUGAAUGGCUGGCACCUGCCAAGUAUGCUCAGCGCCGGCCAGAGGAAAUCCCAGCCGAUGAGGCUGCACCACGACUUGAGGACGCUUUGGUUUCAGCUGCUGCUAGUGACAGUGUUGAAGAUGUCGUGUUCUUCCGCAUUGUGAGCUGUGGCUUGUCCAGAGCCAAGCUAGCAGCGCCUGGAGAUUUUCAAUCAAAUGAUGUUGGAAUUUUGCUGCUCAGGAAUGAUGGACCAGGUGAGGCAGCUCAAUCGUUCAAGAUCGAAACCUCUGGAAUGAAAUUGCAGUCCGAUGUUGUCAGAGCAUCUGACCUUGAGGCUUUUCCCAUGGUGUUGUCUUUGUCAUCCUUGACGUUGCCUCAACUACGCUCUUUCAAGAUAUGGAAGGAGUCAACUGCUGAUGUGCAAGUAAACAAAGAUGAGGGCACCAGCCAUGUGCUGGCAGUGGCACCUGCUCCUCUGAUGACGGUGCGGGAGCAGCUGGAGCUAGCUGACUGUUCCAUGUUUGAGCUUGUGGAGAAGUUGUGCAACGAGGGGACAGAAGCUUCCAAUAUGCCGUACCGCCCGGGUGAGCAGAAGCGUUGGUGGCUCUCGUUGGCCGAUAUUUCUGAUCCUCACAACUCACGUUUGCGAGCCUAUGUGAGGGCUCUUCUGACAGCUGACGAUCAUCACUGCGAUGUAGCCCACUUUCAAACACUUGCUGAUUAUCUCCGAAUUGUGGAUCCUCAUGAGCUAGCAGUGUUGGAAGACAGGCAGAGAAAGGCUCGCAAGCGAAAGAGUUCUCACAUGCAGGUCCUCAUGGAUCUGGAUGAUUGGGAUAUCCUCGAGCCUCAAGCCAAGCCAAAAGCCAAGAGGUCUAGAAAGAAAGGGCCGGCUCCGAAGCGAGGCAGGCGCAAGCAACCUCUUGCUCUUGCAGCCAUUGAGUCAGCUCCUGCGUUGGAUGAUGCAGCGAAUGCGGCAGGUGAUGAUGGCAAUGACGUCGAUGGUGCCUUGCGUGCAUCUGAGGUUGUCGAUGUUGUCGAGGAUGCCUUGGAAGAUCAUGGCUCCCAGGCUUCGGAAAUUUCGUCAGAUGAGCUACUGCAGGAGCUUCGAGCUGUGAUGCUGGAGGGUGACGGUGAGCCAGGAAGUGCUGAGGGAGUGGUCGGUGGUGAUGCUGCUGCCGGUGACAGCAGUUCAUCCUCCAGCUCCAGUUCUUCUAGUAGUUCCAGUUCCGAUUCCGGUUCAGGUUCUAGUUCUUCCGGGGGCUCUGACAGUGGUGGCGAAAAGCCAGCCGCCAAACGCAAAGCGGGCCCUUCCGGCCCGAAGCCGAAGUCUAGGGCAAAGGGUAAAGCCAAGCCUGCAACCCGUCCAGAUGUCAUUGCUGCCGGGACACGUGACAAGUCCAAUCGUUUGGAGUAUGGGUUGCACCAUUUGGUUCCCCGGUUCAAGGAUUCUGUUCUUGCUGGUUAUCAGAUGACAUGCUGUGUGGCUGCACACAACACGACUGCCAAAUGCACGCGCGAGAUGAGUGUGAGCGUUGCAGGGUCGGCAGAAAAUUGCCGAAGGAUACUCAAGGCCUGGGUCCUAUUAGGUCAUAGCUUGUCAACCAGGGAGGAACACAUGGACAGAUCGAGUCGCGAUUUGCUCCAAGAAGCCUUGAAGCAAGGAACUCUGCAUAGCGAAAAUGAGCUGGACAGUAUCUUGGCUACAUCGGAGGACUCCGAGGUUGUGGCUCCCUUUUGCGAGCCAGACAAGAAAAGCAAGAAGACUUCAAACUUGCUCGGAGGCGCAGGCACUGUGCCCAGACACAUCCACCGGGACAUGCAGUCAUUGGCUGCAUCAGGCGGCGUUCCUGUAACAACGCUAGCACAGCGACACAGGAACAAGCUGACAUCAUCAACAUCAUACGGUGUUCCGUCUUCACUUCAAACGGCAUUACUUCAUGGGUACAUUGGGCCCAAUUUACCCCCACCCCGUGGCUACUAUUGGGCUUAUCAUGGCGGUUCUUGGAUGUUGAAGAUUCGUGGCGGCUGA